AUGUUUGCCAGACGGAAAGCGGUAAAGCAAUCCUGCCAAAGACGUUACGAUCAGAUUCCGUCCGAGUCCGCCUCCGGUUGCCCAGAAGUAGUCCCAGUCAGAUUCCAAAAGAUCCAUCAAAGGCCCAACAAACCCUGCCCUAUGAGCCAAUCCUUUUCCCUAAGUUACGGAUCUAUUUUGCCGACUUCCCUUAUCUACAUUAUUCUAUUAACCAGAGGCUGUUCACCUUGA